UUGUAGGUAGUACAAGAACUGAAAAAUAAUUUUUGGUUGCCAGUAUACCUGUAGUCGUUGCACUGAUCAGUCGAUAGUUUUGUGAUAAAUUAUUUCUCAAGUGAAUUAAAUUAUUAACCAUGGGACGUGAUUCUAGAAAGGUUUCAAGAGAACUUCGGAGUUCUGAAAAAAUUAAUAAGUCGCGUUCAGUCAAAAGAAAGAAUGUUUUUAAUCCGAAAACAGCCGAACGUGAUGAAAGUAUUCAGAGUACAUCUUCUAAAAAAUUAAAACAAAACACUGAAGAUGAUGUACCUGAAGACAGCAGUACUGAAUUUCGAAUAAUAAAUUUUAUUCAGGUAUUCACUGCAAUUUCUGCUCUUAUAAAAUGUAAAAAAUGUGAUGGAAAUGUAGUGUUUCAAACAGCAAGUACACGUGGGCUGGGAUUCAAAAUUGUAGUUGCAUGUAAUAACUGUGGAAAUGAAUAUAUUCCUUCCUGUUCUUUCGUUGGGCAUUCUUAUGAAAUAAACAGACGUUUCAUUUUUGUAAUGAGAAUACUAGGAAUAGGAUACGAAGGAUUGUGCAAGUUUUGCGGCCUGAUGGACAUGCCGUCUUUUUUAGAUAAAUCUACGCAUACAAUUUUACUGAAACAGAUUUUGAAUUGUAGUAAAGCCGUCGCAGAAACCUUCAUGACGAAAGCUGUGAAUGAAGAAAAGCAAGCAAUGCCAACAACUGAAAAUGAAGAUAUAAAUCAUCUAACUGUAUCGGGAGAUGGAACCUGGCAAAAACGGGGAUAUACAUCGUCAUUUGGAGUUUCUUCUAUAAUUGGCUAUUUUACUGGAAAGAUUCUUGACAUAAACAUUAAAAGUGCAUAUUGUAAGCUAUGUGAGUAUUGGAAAAAAAAAACAAAUACUGUUGAGUUCGAGGAAUGGUAUCAAUCGCAUGAAGAUGUGUGUUCUGCUAAUCAUCAAGGGUCUUCUGGGAAAAUGGAGGUGGAUGCGAUGGUCGAAAUGUUUUCGUAUUCUGAAACUAAAUAUGGAGUUAAGUAUGCCAACUAUAUUGGUGAUGGUGACUCCAAGACCUAUUCAGGAAUUAUAAAAUCAGAUCCUUACGAAAAUACAACUGUAAAUAAAAAGGAAUGUAUAGGGCAUGUCCAAAAGCAGAUGGGGAGUCGAUUACGUACGCUGAAGAGUAAACAAAAAGGUCUUGGUGGUCGAGGUAAGCUCACAGGAAAAUUAAUAGACAAACUAACUGUGUACUAUGGUUUAGCAAUACGCCGGCAUUGUGAUUCUAUUGAAAAUAUGAAAUCUGCUAUAAUGGCAACCUUUUAUCACUACGGCUCGAGUGAUGAAAAACCGAAUCAUGAUAUGUGUCCAAAAGGCGAAGAAUCUUGGUGCUCUUACCAGCGCGCUGAAGCAAGAGGAGAGCUUGAUACCUUUUCUCACGAUUAUUCUCCUUUACCUUCUGAUGUUUUAAAAGCUAUCAAGCCUAUAUACGAAGAUCUUAGUAAUGAAAAUUUACUUUCAAGAUGUGUAGGUGGAUUCAAUCAGAAUAAUAAUGAAAGCUUUAACCAACUAGUAUGGAAAAUAUGCCCAAAAACGGUAAAUACUAGUUUUACCAUCGUACAAAUAGCUGCAUACGUUGCUAUGUGUAUAUUUAAUGAGGGUAUAAAUUCAUUAUUAGUCUUGAUGAAUACACUAGGACUUAAUUGUGGGCCUAAUUCUCAUCGGUAUGCAGAAAGAAUGGAUGCUGCACGUAUCAAAGUAGCAGAUAAGCGCGCUAAUGAUAACACCCGAGAAGGUCGAUUGCAACGUAGGCACCAGCAAAUCGAUAUUUUGGAAGCUGCUAUGUCGGCUGAAGAGCUAUUAUAUGGUCCAGGAAUAGAUGACUCAGUAUGAAUCUCCAAGGACUUAUGAUGAUCACCGCAAAGGACUUCGGGAGGAACGGGCUCUACAAAAACAGCGAUAACUUUUUGAAUUAUUAAUUUUUUUUUUUGAAAUUUUCGUGAAGUCAAAUCGAAACGUGUUCUAAUAAAGCUAUGUUUUUAUUUUUGUCAAAUAAAGUAAUU